AUGAAUCGAAUAUUAAUAAAACUUCUUGCUCAAGGUGAAACUAAAUUUAUUCAACAAGAAGUGGAACCAGGAAAAACAUUUAAUUUUGAAAGAGAUAAAAGUGGACAUCCAGUAACUUAUGUUCACGUCAAAAAUCAUAUAAAAGGUCAAUAUUCUCAAGAAUCUACUGAAUUAUUAACUAUUUUCACAGUUGAAAUGAGUCAAAAAUUACUUGAAACAGGAAUUGAAGCAGCAACAGUUGUUUUAUAUUUAGAAAGAUUUUCUAUGAAAAACAUUGGCUAUCAAUUGAUUAAAUUUUUUAUUAAUUUAUUUGAAAAUCGUUAUCGGUAA